AUGCGGGUACGUUCGAUUACUCUUUCUAUACUCGUUGUUCUCACAUCAGCUCACUUAGGCCGGAGCGUCGAGGUCCGAAACGGCAAUGUUGGAGAGGCCUUAGCUCAGUUACAAACUAUCCUUCAACGCAAUAGGGUGCAGGCUGAAAUACGGGCGACAUCUCGUCACGAGAAGAAGGGUGAAAAACGGAGGCGGUUGCGAAGUCAACGUUGGAGGAGGCGUUUUGCCCAUGAGGUGCGGAAGAAGGUGCAAUUGGUGAAUGAGAUUCGUGCCCGUGGGGCAUGA